AUGAAGAGAGGCCAGGAGAGGCUAGGAGAGGAUGAGGAUGAGGAUGAGGGAGACGGAGACGGAGAGGGGAGAGUUGCAAAGAGGCAGAAGAAGCAGACGAAGUUGGAGAAACGCCGAACGCUGAUGAAGGUGAGGAAAAAAGGAAGGGGGAAAAAGGUUCAAGCGCUGCUGGGAGUUUCUGUCAGUUCAGUGAGUGGGGAGAAAGGCUUUACUGGGCGGUUUGACGGGUAUUUUACAGCUCCAGCCAACCACAGGCCAGCAGAGGCUGCGAGCUGUGCGUUUUAUUACGCAGCUUUACAAGGCGAAACAGUCCGUCUUAGGUUGCAACGGGCAACGAAAGUCAGACAACUCACGGGAUGA